UCGCGCGCGCAAAGAGGCUGUCGCUUCCGUCUCGUAGUCGCUGCCUGCGUCUGCCUCGCUGCUGCGUCUGUCUUGCUGCUACUGUUGCUGUUGUUGUUGCUGCUGCUGUUGUUGUUGCUGCGUGGCCAUGAGCUAUGGCGAUGCCCCCGACGGCCUUGCCAGCGCCCUGGGGCUGGAGGCGAACGAGGAGGACGCGACCCCCCUCAGGGAGCAGCCGCUCAGGCUGGAGGAGAAGAAGCGCAUCGUGGCACUUAUGGCGAGGGACGCGCCGCUGCUCUCUCAAUGGGAGUCGUGGCGCAGGAGCAUGAGCACCCGGAUGCGAAGGUCGCGGGCCGGGGCCCAUGGGGCACUCAAGAGCACGGCCCUGUGGAGCGGCAGCCUCAAGGAGAUCGCAGGUCGCUUCGGAUCGGCCAUCCAGUCCUACUUCUCGUUCAUGCGCUUCCUCGUGCUGCUCAACGUCUGCCUCUUCCUCAUCAUGUUCUCCUUCGUGGUCAUCCCCAACAUCGUGAACGAGCACCUCGGGGUGGCCACCACGCCUGCCUCCACGGCCACCAACUCAACAAGCAACAGUGAAUGCUUGGUGUACGAUCUCCCGCAGCGCCCUCUCGGCUACUUCUACGAAUAUGUGCUUGAUGCACUAUCAGGCACGGGCUUCCUAGAGAAGACGUACCUCUUCUACGGGUUCUACCCGAGCACGACGGUGGGGUCGCAGCAAUCGGCCUACUCGCUGCCCCUCGCCUACCUCCUUUCCAGCAUCGCCGUGCUGCUCGUGUCGCUGCUCUGGGUCGUCAGGCGCUCGGCGCAGGGCUGGAAGCUUGGCACACUGCAGAGCGAGGCGAGCGGGCUGCACUACUCACCGCAGGUCUUCUCCGGGUGGGACCACAGCCUGCGGGACGCCAACUCGGCUACGCUCAAGCACAGCAGCCUGGCCUACCAGCUGGUGACGGACCUGGGCGAGGAGCGCUCCCGCAGGAGGAUUGCCGAGCGCACGCGCGCACAGAAGGCGCGCGUGUACGUGGUGCGCGUGCUGCUCAACGUGCUGGUGCUGGCGCUGCUCGGGGCGGCCUUCUACUGCAUCUACUGGGCGACCACCUACUCGCAGGGCUACACGCCGGGAAAACUGAAGGCCGGGAGCAUCCAGGGUGGUGUGGACUUCUUGGUGCAGUACCUCCCGUCCAUCGUCAUCACGCUCGCCAACUUCCUGCUGCCGCUCGUCUUUGGGAUAACCAUCGUCUGGGAGGACUACUCCCCCGGUUUCGAGAUUCGUCUCUCACUGCUCCGGUACGUGAGUCUGCGUCUGGCAAGCGUGGCGGUGCUACUCGUGACGCUCUGGUCUCGGAUCACGUGCGACAACAACAACAACAUCAGCGUCGCCAACAGCAACAACAGCAGCAGCAGCAGUGACUGCCAGCAGUGUGGGUACAACAUAAAUUACUUGUGCUGGGAGACGCGAGUGGGACAGGAGAUGUACAAACUCACCAUCUUCGACCUGAUCACCUCCCUCGUCAGCAUCCUCCUCGUGGAGUUCCCACGCAAGAUGAUCGUGACGCACUGCGGGUGCGGGCUGACGCGCUGGAUAGGCGAGCAGGAGUUCUCCAUCCCCGACCAGGUGCUGCACAUCGUGUACGGCCAGACCGUGUGCUGGGUGGGCACCAUCUACUGCCCGCUGCUGCCCUUGCUCGCCGCCAUCAAGUACACCAUCUUCUUCUACAGCAAGAAGCUGUCGCUGAUGCUGAACUGCCGGCCGGCGUCGCGCCCGUACCGCGCCUCCAGCUCCAUGUUCUUCUUCUUCAUCGUGCUGCUGCUCGGCCUCCUGCUCGCCUGGGUGCCGGCCAUCUACACCAUCGGCGGCAUCCGCCCGUCGCAGGCGUGCGGACCGUUCCAAGGCCAGCGUCUGCCCUGGACGGUGUUGGUGACAGCGGUGCAGGCCCUGCCACAGUGGCUCGACUCCAUCCUCGAGUUCUUUGCCUCGCUGCUCUUCGCAAUCAUCCUGGUCUUGCUCUCCAGCCUCUUCCUAUUCUACAUGACCACGCUUAACAAUGCGCACGCGCGCGUCAUCAAUCAACUAAGAGACGAGCUGGCCAUGGUGGGCCGUGACCGGGCCUUCCUGGCCAAGCAGGUGAAUGCCACUUCCAAGGGCGGCGGCGACGCCGGGCGGCACCGCGUGGCGCGCGGCGGCGGUCGCACCUCCUGCCUCGGCGGCGUCAUUAACCUGGCGUACCAGCGCCACGGCGACCAGGGGGGUCCGCCUCAGGGGGCCCCUGUGGGGGACGUCGUGGGGCGGGCGGGGGUCAGGUACGCGGAAGGGGACGCGUCGCUACCCGGGACCCCGGCCCCGUACUAGACUCAGAUGCGCGGCAGGCCGCGCUCCGUAAAAUAUAACUCGGUUUUUUUUUCUCUCACGAAUGUUUACUCACAAAAUGAAAUGUAGCCGAUUAGAAGACUGUGAAAUCGUUGUUGAUUACUCCGCACCCACAACUAAUGCACCUGCAGAGUGAUCGUGAUUUGUUGCAAUGUGCGCCAUGAUGCAUUGGCCGAGACCGUGGCACCCGUGACACUCCUAAUAAAGGCAGUCGUUGCAUAUA